AAAAUUAACUGUGGCCAUAAAACCCUGAUGUAGAAACAAGGGGAGCUCGUCCUGCAGGUGCUGCCGCCCCAUGCCCAGCUGCCCCACCGAUCACCGUCCCCUCCUGUCCACCCUGGGAUGGCUGUGUCACCCCCUGCCUGUCCCCACCGCCUCCUGCCUCUCUCCCUGGGGCUCUUCCAGGGUGUCCUGCUCCUCUUCUUCGCCCUCUUCGUCACCUACGAUGAGCCCGCGGUGCAGGCAGAGGAUGCCAGUGUGGUGGCCAACCAGCUCUACAGCAUCUUCCCCCUCUUCCAGGACAUCCAGGUGAUGCUGGUGGUGGGGCUGGGGCUCCUGCUGACAUUCCUACCCCGUUACGGGCUCAGUGUCCUCACCCACAACUUCCUCCUGCUCAACUUCUCCACGCAAUGGGCGCUGGUGCUGCAGGGCUUGCUCCAUCGCUUCCACCACGGCCAGGUACACCUGGACCUCCACAACCUCCUCGCCGCCGAGUUCGCUGCCGUGACGGUGCUCAUCUCCGUGGGGGCUGUCCUGGGGAGGACCAGCCCCUGCCAGCUCCUCGUCGUGGCCACCUGUGAAGUCCCUGUCUACCUUGCCAGCGAGUGGGCCAUCGUCACCCGGCUGGGUGUCCUGGAUGUGGGGGGCACCAUCACAAUCCAUGUCUUCUCAUGCUAUUUUGGCCUUGGUGUGUCCAGGGCUCUGUUUGGGGCAGUACGGUGGCCGGUGCACCCCAAGGAGACCCCGACACCCCGAUCUGACCUCAUGUCCCUAGUGGGGACCCUCAUCCUCUGGGUUUUCUGGCCUAGCUUUGUGGCCGUCCUCUGCCAACCAGGAGAUGCCCAGAACCGCGCCAUCCUGAACACCCUCCUGGCCAUGAGCGCCAGCGCCCUGACAACAGUGGUGGCCUCCAGCCUGCUGGAGAGGGAUGGCAAGCUCAGCCCUGGCGACCUGCAGAAUGGCAGCCUAGCUGGAGGGGUGGCCAUUGGUGCAGUGGCCAAUAUGGCCGUGUCACCGGUGGCUGCCCUCACCCUGGGCAGCCUCUCAGCCAUGGUGUGUGUCCUUGGCUUCAGGUUCCUCACCCCAUUCCUCGCCAGAAAGCUCCUGCUCCAGGACCAGUGUGGCAUCCACAACCUCCAUGGCUUGCCUGGCAUCCUGGGUGCUGCAGCCAGCGCUGUGGCCAUCCUGGCAGCAUCUGAGGACACCUCUAGGUCCCAGGUGUCCCACACCAGGGGCAAUGCCAGCGAGGCAGCAUGGAGACAGUGGGGGGACAGUGGGGCGGGUGGGCAGGCGUUGUGCCAGGUGGCGGGGCUGGCAGUGGCCGUCGGUGGCUCACUGGUCACUGGGCUGCUCACCGGUGCUGCACUCCGGCUGCCCUGCCUGGCCCAGCCGCCCGAGCGGCUCUGCCUUGACGACUCGCUGUAUUUUAAGAUGAUGGAUCAAGCUGGGAGCCAGGGGCCAUGCAGCACAGCUGAGGAAGAAGUUCUGGCUCUGAAGGAGCAGGUGUAGGCACUGGCCAGGGCCGGAGGACUAGCUCAGGGGUUGGUCCCUUCUACCCCAUCAGCCGCAGGACAGACGCGCUGCCUGUGCCCACUCCCUGCCUACACUUGGCCCCAGCCACCGAGGAUGCUGGCAGUGCCAGG